AUGCUCUUCUCCGCCUUUCCUUCGCACAUCACGCUCUUUGUUUCAGUCCUCACCAGUCUCAGCGUCACUUGCGGACAGUCGUCACCACAUGCCGCCAAGUUCGGUUUGCGCCACCAUGGACCCGACCGCGGCUUGUUCAAGCGAGACGAGUUCGCAAACACAAAGUUCACGACCUACGUUGCAGGUCCCAAUGCCUGCAAUAAGGUGGAUCAGGGUGGCGACUUGGUCAUCGCCAUAAGUGCAGAGCAAUGGGAUGGGGGCGCCCACUGCUUCAAGCCCGUUACCCUGCAUUACAACGGUGUCACUGCACACGCUAAGGUCACCGAUGAGUGCAUGGGUUGCCCCUUCGGAGCUAUCGAUCUCUCGUUCGGUCUCGCUGAGAUCAUCAUGGGCUCUGACUUCCUCGACAUCGGCGCUGUCUUUGGCAGUUGGAGCUUCGACGACGACACACCCCUUAGUGCCUCGAAGACAUCCACGAAGGUGACCUCCACUACUUCCCGCAGCAGCUCGUCGACAUCGUCGAUUCCCACCAGCACCUCCUCCGAGUUGGUAACGACCAGCAGCUCAACCCCGACAGCGUCGACAGCGUCAGCCUCUUCGUCGUUCAGAUUGCUCGGCACCAGCACCGCUGCAUCCUCGUCCACAUCCCCGGAGUCGUCUCAGGUCGCGUAUCAAAGUGGUGGUGUCGAACAGCUCAAUCUCGCGUUCGUCCGACUCAGCGACGCCGUCCUCUUUGCUUCCUCCCUCACGUCCUAA